AUGGUAUCAAAAUGGGCAGCAAUAGCAGCAAAAUUACCAGGUAGGACAGACAAUGAUAUCAAGAAUCACUGGCACACCAACCUCAGAAAACGCUUGAAACAAAAACUGAUAUCGUCAGAAUCCAAACCAGACACCUCCGAAAGAGGUUCUGAAUGCAAAGUUAACAGUAAACAAGAAUUAGAGCUCCCCAGUGCUCUAUCACUCCAAACUAUGGAAAGCUCACCUUUGUCUCCAGUACCAUCUUUGAGUGAUUUCUCCUCCUCAAGCACUGAUUCUAUGUUUACAACUAGCAUGAAUGGGGAUUUCUGGACAGAAACAUAUGUGGCAUGGAAUUCUUGUGUCCAAGACAAUUCUCAGGAAACUUGGGCUGACCCAGGAUCUCUGUUUCCUCUUUGUCCCUUGUUGCUUGAAGACUACUUCUGUAGGGAUGGAUCCUAUGAAGACAAUUACAUCGAAUGGUUCAACUAA